AACUUACUUUCCGUGCUAUCGGGGAAGCAAUCGACUAAAAACGCCCAUAGCAAACGAGCCACACCCAAAGCAGAAAUCGUAAAUGAAACAGAAGUUGUCGAAAAUGGGGCCCUUGAUGAAAAUGAAACUACUGAUGACAGCGAGAUAUCGGACAACUUGGAUAGCUCGUUCACGGAAGUGAAAAGUCGUGAUUUCCGCAAAGAUCACGAAGUUUUGGAGUUGGAAAGGCGCAUCUAUAACAAAGAAGUACCGACAAUUUCAGCCAAAGACUUCUUUGCACUAAUUUCCGUUGGUGUAACCCCUGACAAACGAAAGUCAGUAGACAUAAUAGAGGUUGAAGAUAGAACUAUAGUAGAUGUAGAUGAAGAUACACCUCCAGAAGUUCUUGAUUUAUCGAAUAUAACUGGCGAUUUAAUGGGCACAUCCACAAACACGGAAGAUUUGGAAUCGAAAAUCUUUGGAGAGAAUGUAAAGCGCAUGACAGCGAGUGAUAUCUUCAAUUCAGCAAAGCCCGUUCUUAGCAAGACUAAAAAACAAAAGAAGACAGUAGGAAAACCAACUAUGAUGGUCACUUUGCGAUUGAGUUCGCCAAUCUUGGAAGAAAUCAAAAAGUAUGACAACCCACUUAAAACGAGAGGAAACGCCCAUUUCCUGAGUCUGUUUGCGAGCAACAAUAACUCUGACAAUGACUUCUUUUCUAGAUCGUCUAGCAGGUCUACAAAUUCCUUAAUGGUUACAUUGAAAGUUAGUCCUUCACACCUACAAGAAAUCAAAAAGUAUGAAAACCCACUUAAAACGAAGGGGAACAGUCAACUUUUGGGUCUGCUUGGAAGCUCGAACAAUAAUGGCAACAAUAGUUUCUUCAAUAGACCAUCCACUUCCAAACUUACGCCACUUCAAAAGUUGAAGGAACUCUUGCCUCCCGCCUUGCACAAGUCACAAUUUCAUGUUAUUCCUGAAGAACAGGAUUUUCUUCAAAGGGAUCCACAUUUUCCAUUUAGUCGUGCUUGCCCAGUAGAGGCUAGUUCUUGUGAAGACUUAUCUCUACUAGAAUUAACUCAGAAGGAUGCGGAAAGGAUAAAUUCUUAUGUAAUGCAACCCGUGAAAGAUAUUUCUGUAGCUGAUUUGGUAUUGGAGAGGAUUCCUGAUAUUUCCAAUAUCCCGGUACUCAACUCGAUAUACGAAAGGUUUAUUGUUAAUUCAUCCAAAAAUCCGGAUCGAUGUUUGUGGAAUGAUUUGUUUCGUCCCAGUUCACAUAGGGAAUUGCUUAUGGCUCCCGAAAAUAAGGAUUCAAUCAUGAAUUGGAUAGCCAACUCUUUUCUGAGACUCCGAACCCAAUCCUUAACCAAUCCACGUAACAUUAUGAUGAAGAAGAAAAAGAAAAAACAAGCAGGUUCUGCGUUAGAUGGGUUUAUUGUAGAUGACGAUCUGUUCUUAGAUGGUUCAGAAACUGAAGAAGAAAUUUUCGUACCGUUAUUGAUUUUAUAUGGUUCAAGCGGAUCGUGCAAGUCUUCUUCUGUGUAUGCCAUAAUGAAGGAAUUCAGUGGAUAUGUUCAUGAGAUCAAUAGUGGUAUGUACAGAGGUAGAAAGGAUAUCUACAAUGGAUUGAAAGAGCUCUCCACUACUCAGCUAGUACACAAGCAGAAUGAAUCAAAGACAUUCCAACAGGGUUUGAUAUUAUUUGAAGAUGUUAACUACCUUUUCGAGCAAGAUAAGAACUUUUGGCUGGUAGUUCAAGAUAUCUUAAAUAUAUCCAGAAGACCGAUUGUCCUAACUUGUGAGGAUAUGCUCAAUAUACCAAAGAAUUUGAUUGACUUUGCAGCACAAGAGGAUUCGAUUAUCAGGUUGGACGAAUUUACAAUUUCCAGAGAUAUUCUUCAAAAGUACUUAUGGUUAUGUUGUGCAAGUCAAGGCUAUGAUGUGUCUACUUCCAUUUUGGAAGAAGUAUCUUCAAAUUCAUUCAACAGCAAGAAUUACGACUUAAGACGGUGUCUCAACGAUCUACAAUUUCUUUGUCAGAAGGAAUAUGCUGACAAUUUCAAUGGAAUUAUUCAACUUACUAAAGUGGAGAAGUCCAAAAGUCAUCAUUGUCUUGAGCUAAAUCAAUUUCUGUCAAAUUAUGACCUUUUAUCAGAAAGCGAUAUAAUCUCCACCAACUCGUUCUCACAGUUAAAUUAUGAUAUCAUUCCUAAUGAACUUAACGAUGUUUAUGUUAUCGAUGAUUCUACAAAAUUGCGAGCUCCUGCUCUUCCUUUCGAAUUGGAUGUAGGUAAUUACUUACAGCACGAAGUACUGAAGUCAUGCUUUGUAUCAAUGUACUCUCCCGAGCUAAAGUAUUCGUUUAACCAGUUGCGUACUGAGGCGGUAAGCUUUAUUGGAUCUAGGUCGAAAAAGUUGCCUAAGUUCAUUCAAGAUUUGCAAACUGCUAGAAGGGCAUUACGGUCCGCGUCAAAUAUGUCUACUCCAGGAGAUUCUCCCUUCACAUCUUUCGAAGAACUUUCUUCUGCUGGUAGAACCCCGGAACCAACUGGCAUACCGGAUACAUCAUUUGUGAAUCACAUUGGACCCACUUCGUUUGUUCUUGAUUUGCUACCAAUCUGCAGAUGGUGGUCGCGGUUACAAGAAUCAUUCGAUGAAGUUGACAAGAAUGCUUUAGCAGAAGGAAGACAGAGCGUCAAGACCUUCUUGAGAUACAGAGACUUCCAGUACAAAUCCAGAAUCAUAGAUGAUUCUAUAUAG